UGAGCGAGGCCUGUUCAGAUUAAUAAUUACGCCGAAUUCAUUUCAUUUCCUGUCACAUCAUAAAUAUUUGCAAUUUUAUUUCUGUAAAAUUUAAAAGAAAAGCAAGCCUAAAAUACGAUGGGACAAGAGAACAGCAAGGGAAACAAAAAAAUCACUUCCCAAACUCAUGAAAUUUCAGAUGAUUGUUUUCAAGGAGAAAGACUCCAAUAUGGCCCGCCGAAAGUUAAUAAAACAUCUACACAACCAACCGUCUUAAAGCCGACACAAACUUAUGCUCCACAAUAUUCAACUCCAUCAGAUCCACCUCCACCAUAUUCAUCAGUUCAACAAUUUUCUCCAAAUGUACCAUUGGGUUAUAUUCAACCGUCAAUGUCAACAACAUCGAAACAUAUUCCGCUUGGAACUAAAGGAAAGGUCUUCAAUACUUGCGAUGAUCCAAAUGACUGCCUUAUACAAAUUCAAGACAAUUCAUCGUCGACUCAAACAAAUUCAUCGUCGACUUUAAAACCAAAAAUUCAUCCAGACUUGCACGACCUUUUGAUGGAUAACAUUAACAGCUUUCAAAAUAAUCAGAAGGAAACAACUAAACCUCAAACAAGUGUAGAUAAAAGAAUUGCUGAGCAAGAAGAGAAAAUAACUCGUCAAGCACAUGUUUUGGUUGUUGAUUUAGAUUUGGAACUUCCAAGAUUAUCGCAAAAGAAGGAAAAUCCCGAUUUUAAGUCAUUCAACGGUCAACUGAAGAAGAAUAAGAAAUUGAAUGACGUAAGAGAAACUUUGAUCAAUAACAAAUAUCUUUCGGAUGUUCAGUUUAUCAUUGAUGAUGAUCAAAUUUUCUAUGGUCAUAAAAUGAUUUUAAUUUCUUCAAGUUUCUUGUUUUAUGAACAUUUUCAUGUUAAUGGAGAAUCGACUAUGAAGAUUGAUUCGAUUGAUCCUGAAACAUUUAAAGCAGUGAUUUCUUAUUGUUACACAAAUAAACUUCAAGUGACUGAAUCAAACGUCCUUGAAUUGCUAUUAGUAUCAAACAAGCUUCAAAUACGACAAAUCGCUAAUGUUUGCCAUGGUUUUAUAACCAAAUUGAUGAAUCCUGAAACAAUUUUCAUCAUCUACGAGAAGGCAAUGGAAAACGACAAUGAAGUAUUCAAGAAGAAAUGCUUGGAUUACAUCAACAAAAAUGAAGAAAAAUGUUUCACAUCCAAAGGAUUUUACAACAUUUCUUUGUCAUUGAUAAAGAAAAUUGUUGAAUCUUGCAAUUAUUCGAGUGAGAAAGUGAAUGAAAUCAUUGCAAAAUAUACACAAGGAAAUAUAGAAAUUCCUGAAGAUCCCAAACCGUCUGCAAGUGUUGAAGAAUCAAAAGGAGAAGAAGCGAAGAAUGCUGCAUCGAAGAAACAGCCUAAAAAGAAAACGACGAAACCCCAAGUUCCAGCUUCGAAGGCUUCGGGUAAACCAGCUAAGGCACCAAAUAUGCCGCCUAUGUCGCCUUUUUAUAAUCAACAAAUGCGUCCGCCUCUUAUGCAUCCACAGAUGCGUCCGCCUCUUAUGCCACCACAGAUGCGUCCACCUCUCAUGCAACCUUUUUAUAAUCCACAAAUGUGUCCACCUCAUAUGCAACCACCAAUGCCACCGCAGAUGUUUGCAGUUCCACCUUCACGUGAUUUCAUGCAUGAACUUUCGACGAAGACUAAAAAAGGUAAACAAACUUCAUCUUUAGUCACUUUAGAUGAUGAUGAUGACGCUAGCAGCAUCAUCAGCAAAGACGAUGAAGCUGUUGCAAAAACAAGUGUGAAUGUUCAUGGUCAACGUAAGCCUUGGAAAACUGAGUUCAGUCGAAUCGAUUUUGUUUGCAAGCGAUCAUUUCUGCUUCAUGAAGUUCGAUUUACUGAAGACUUGUCAAAGAAAAUGCGUGGUGAGAUCAAAGUAACGAUCACAGUGUUUGAACAAGAAAAGCGAAAGGAUAUUCAUACAAGAACUUUAACUAAAACUGUUACUAAAGGAAAACCAAACAUGAAGUUGAACUUUAUAAGAUUUGGAACGCAUCCUUUGAAGUUUUACAUUGGACAAAAGUUCUUCAUCAAGUUAAACUUUUCUGAGAAUGAUGAUCGUGUUCAUGUCGAUCCAGAAAACUUAACUAAAAAUACAUUUCUAGAAUUGCGAAAGGAUGAUGAAACGAAGAAAUAUUUCAAUUGCGUAAGCGUUCUUACCGUUUCUGAAAUGACCACAAAUUAAAAUAUGAAAUGAGAAAUGAUGAAAGAUAUGAAGAUUAGAAAAGUUUGAAGUUUGCUUUUAUGAUGCUACAACAUGUAGAAAUUCAUAAAGUAUUCGAACAAAACAGUAAACAAACUGAAUUUAUUUUCAAAGGUAGUUCGUAAUGUUUAUCAACCAUAACUCUUUUUUGUUUUAUCUUUGCAUUUUCAAAUUCUUUAGAUUUUUGACUAUAAAACUCUUGAGAAGAUGAAGAAAUGUGUGAAAAUAUGUAAAAUUUCAAGUAACUAUGCAAAAAUUCAUUUCAACAUUUAUUUAUAUUGAAAAAUAUUUCAUGAACAAAAGAAGCGACAUUAAGAUAGAUUUAGGAGGUUGAAUGCAUUCCUUUACGAGAUAUUUAGUAGCCUUCAAUGUUGCAUUUUUCUGAUCAUUGUCGUUUAUUUCGUUACACUUGGAAAUUUUCAUGUUAUAUUUGCGAGUGAAGAAUUUUCAAAUCCUUUAAUAUGAAAAGAUCAAAUUUUUACAAGUUUCAUUUGAACUUCACACUGCACUGCAUACAUUCUUAUUGUUGACUAAUUGUUUCAAAGAAUCAUAACUUAAAUUGUUAAAGGAUAUUUUGAAACAAAAUGAAUCGACACAACAUGAACAACUUUGAUUAGUUUAUGUUUGAUUUAUUAUGAUUUACGUGCCUGGAAAUUAAAUUUCUUGGAAUUUAUUAAAAGCGCAAUUAAAACUCCAACAUAAAUAUUUUUU